AUGACCACAAAUGAGGCUUCAACUCAACCGAGAAACUCACUUGCUAACUUGGAGCUUUUAGCUGAGGAACAAACUAUUGCAAUCAAGGAGCUGGAGUCGAAAAUCAAGAAGAUUGAAGAGGAGAAUGAGAAGCUAAUCGAAAAACAAAAGUCACAGCAAGAGGACUUAUCCAGGAGGGAGGCAGCUGCAAUUCGUCGUUUCAUUGUUACCGAUGCUCGAUUGGCUCAUAUCUUGUCGGUCAUGCCCAGUAAACUGCGUCGAAAGUCCUCGGAUGUAGAAUUUGACUCCGAAGGCGUGGAAGACUCUAUUGAUGAUUAUGGGGAGGAGGUGAGAUCCGUAAAAGUGAAGGAACAAAUCCAUCAACUGAAUGUCCUCGACCCUGCCAUUGAUUUUGUGUAUCAAAAGGCCUCCGAGGCAGCACAGUCGGGUAAAAUGCGUCUACAGCAGAGUUUUGAUGACCUUAUCGCAUGGAAGUUCACUCCUGAUAGUGCAUCUGGAAAGCGUCUUAUGGCUUGCAUGCGGGAGUUGCUAGAACGGAAUAAACACCUGGGCGCUAUCAACCAGAUGGAUCGCCUUUCGGCCUUGGAGUCAGAAACGCAGAUGCAGGUCUCGUGCAUUCGAGAAUAUAUGAAAACUGCUCAAGAACUUAAUGCGGUCCUUCAAGAAUCUUCUACAGAUCUGGAUGGCGUUCAGAGCAGUCUCUUCACAUUGAAGAAGCAGCUGAACAAAGCUGAAGCGCUCGUCACUGCCCUCAAGGUACGAAGUAGAUCCGUUUACACAUUUGGGGUGCACAUCGGUUAUCAUUAUGCUUCUGAUUGGAUAUUCACAUUAAAGGAGGAAUAUGAAAAAGUUUAUCCCGGUCAAUCCGAUUCUUUGAUAACUGCGGCCUUGACGAGGCUGAGCCAACAGGCGGUGGCGGAGGAAGGAGGAGGAUGUGAAUCGCAGGAGGAUGCAGAUGCGCGUUCUGUGGUUGAAUCUGAGGCACCUGCUGCCACCAGCGAAACCUCCUUGCACGAACUCAAAUAG